AUGCAGAUCGAUGCAGGACUGGGACAAGUGGUUGCAACGGACACAAGUCAAAUCCCCUUCUACCUGGUAGGUGAUAAAUGGAUCCGCCUGCCUGGUUCCCUGAAGCAUAUCACUAUAGGACCAGCAGGGAUCUGGGGUGUCAACAAGGGAGACUCAAUCUACAAGUAUGUGGCCGGUAACUGGGUGCAAGCUGCAGGUAAGUAGAGAGCAUUGCUCAAUAUUUAUCCAGAGGACACCUACUUUCAGUGGUGGAAAAAGUACUAAAUUGUCAUACUUGAGUAAAAUUAAAGAUACUUUAAUAGAAAAUGACUGAAGUAAAACUGAAAGUCACCCAGUAAAAUACUACUUGAUCAAAAGUCUAAAAGUAUUUGGUUUUAAAUAUACUUAAGUAUCAAAAGUAAAUGGAAUUGCUAAAAUGUACUUCAGUAUCAAAUGUAAAAGUAAAAGUAUAAACCAUUUCAAUGUCCUUAUAUUAAGCCCAGACGGCACAAUUUUCAUGUUUGCUUUUUUGAGCCAGGGGCACACUCCAACACUCAGACAUAAUUUACAAAGGAAGCAUUUGUGUUUAGUGAGUCCGCCAGAUCAGAGGCAGUAGGGAUGACCAGGGAUGUUCUCUUGAUAAGUGUGUGAAUUGGACCAUUUUCCUGACAAAAUGUAACAAGUACUUUUGGGUGUCAGGGAAAAUGUAUGGAAUAAAAAGUACAUUAUUUUCUUUAGGAAGUAAAAGUAAAAGUUUUCCAAAAUAUAAAUAGUAAAGUAUAGUACAGAUACCCCAAAAAACUACUUAAGUACUUUACACCACUGCCUACUUCUUGUCUUUCCUGAUACCAUCACGGUGUUGAAACAUGAUUCAUUGUUUUCUUGUCCGUCCGUCUGUCUGUCUUUGUGGUCUUCAGGCCUACUGAAGCAGGUGGAUGCUGGGGGUAACCAGUUUAUUGUGGGGGCCAACAUGAACGAUACUCCGUACUGUCUGACAAGUAGUGCCACAGUUGGCUACAAGGGUCCAGGUUCAUCCCUUCCAUGGACAGGAUUGCCAGGAGCUGUGAAGUACUACAGUUGUGGACCCUUUGGGUGCUGGGCAGUCAACAAGAAUGAUGAUAUCUACAUAAUGAGUGUAAGAUCUGGGAAAAAAGUGUGAGAUCUGGAGUAGAGUAGUAGAGUAUGGGGAGUUAUUGUAAAACUGUUUAAUAUUAUAACUGUAGAAAUGGUCCUAAAACCCUGAUUGUAUCUGUUUGUUUCCAGUUGAAUCAAGACUGCCAAAACAAGGGGUGGAGUCACAUUGACGGCAAGCUUUCCAUGAUUGAGGUGGCAACUGAUGGUAGUGUCUUUGGGGUCAACUCUGUGGGUGAUGUUUAUACCAGGUAAGGUUGAUACUUAACUAUAUGUAUAGUGUCCCUCUUUUCCCCCUCAACAUUAUUAACUUAAAAAUGACUUGUAAUAAUAAUCAAAUCUAAACUUAUAUAAUAGACUUAUGAAGGAAUGUGAAAACAGUGUACAGUAAAAUAUGUAGAAGUUCGAUCUCCUUUAAAGCUACAGUUUGGGAUUUUAAAUGGCCACCCUGCCACUUGUUUUAGUAAACAGAUGAGGGAUGGGACAGGAGAAAUGUAGCCACUCUUUAAUUCAUAGAUGGAUCAAUAGAUGUAAGGACAGACAGAUGAGAACAAAAUGAUUUUUCAUUUAAACAUGUUUUGUAAAGCUAUACAUUGUUUGUUUACAAUAGCAUUGUUUACAACCAAUUGAGUAAAAUCUUACAUAUUUUCUUCUGAUGCAGUUGUAUUAAGCUCAUGAGUCAUUUAUAAGUUAUAUUCUUCAACAAUCAAUGGCUAUAUACAAUUAAUAUAGUUUUUUUAUUUUUAUGGAUGAGCUUUAAACAUGUGAACCCCACCUCUUUCUUCAACACAGAGACGGCAUCACAGCCAUUAAACCAGAGGGCACUGGAUGGAGCAAUGUCCCAAUGUCCUUGCGGAUGAAGCACGUGACCUACGACCUGGGACAUCUUUGGGUCGUCUCCAAGUCUGCCGUCACCACGGUGUGCACACGUUAG